UUGUUUUGAUUUUCUUUGAUCCUCUAAUAAUUCAAUAUUCUCAAAAAGGUUAUAAUUUUCAAAAUCAUAAAAUUUUGAGGUAUUAAAUAAGUAAAUGAAUUUGCUGUAUUUAGUAAUCAAAUAAUCCCAAUCGCUGUGAAAGUAACUGAACAGUAAGAUGUACAGAUCCAUACAAAAUGGUCAGCAACAAAGAAACAAUGCUGGUGCAGCGAUGUACCGAAAUCGCAUGAAUGGCAGACAACAGGAACGCAUUCAUCAACCAGACCCGGAUGUUGACUUGGCUAAGGCAACAAUAAUGGAACAGUUCAAAGAAUCCUGGCUCACAGCAAUCAUUGGAUUCAUAUUGUUUGCUACAGGAAUGUGCUUAUUUGUAUGGAACGAGGGUAGAGCAGUGAAAAUGGCUUAUUCGUUGGAUGAAGCUUUGAAUAACAUUGCUGUCAUUCAAAGCGAUUUGAAGCCAAUGUCUGAAUUUGAAAAUCGCUUGGCCUAUCUAUCUGGACCCUUGUCGGUGUCAGAACCACUGACAGAGCCUGAUUACAAUAUCAUGAUCACUUGUGUCAAAUUAAAAAGAAAGGCCCAAAUGUAUCAGUGGGUAGAAAUAGAAGAGGACCAAAAUUUUCCUGGCUCAACUGAACCAGUGAAGCACUAUUAUUACACAACAGAGUGGAAGGACAAGUUGAUCGACCACAACGACUUUUAUAUCAAACACGGUCAUGAAAAUCCAACAGACAUGCUGAUCAAGAGUCAGGUGCAGAUAGCCAUGGACGCGAGAAUAGGCAAUUUUGGGCUCAGUGACGAUCUCAAGGACAAAUUCAAUGAUUUUGUGGGAGUGACGAGUGACGAGAGGCCCGAGCGUCCUGAUAUCAAAAUGCAUGCUGGAAUUUAUUACCACAGCUCGGAUUUGUGGGUGCCAAAAGUCGGGGAUAUCAGAGUACUAAUUUCCUAUGCUGGAAAAGCUGGUGAUCACUAUUCUGUCGUUGGAAGGCUAGUUAAUGGAGUUAUAGAACCGUACGUAACUUCGCACGGCCAUGAGAUUUUACUGUUAAGAAAAGGUGAAAUUUCAGUUAAUCAGAUGUUCCAUUUGGAACACGUUGAUAAUUAUUGGAGAACGUGGGCAAUAAGAGGAUUGGGCUGGCUCGUAAUGUUCCUGGCCGCGACAUGUCUUGCUAACAUCUUGAAGAUCAUUAUAGUGAACUCUAAUGUCUUGUGUGGUAUAAUAGCUGUGGAGUCUCUUACCAUGUCGGUGUCAAUAUCCCUAAGUCUUCUAGUCAUUGGUUUUGCGUGGGUUUGGUAUAGACCAGUUAUUGGUCUAGGAUUAGCUUUAACAUCCGUCUUACCAUUUAUAUACUCAACAAUGGGAUCAGAUGCAACGGUUCCACCAGCUCAACAACAGAGGGAUUACAGGAGGCUUUAAGAUUUUCUCACAUAUUUUGUAGAUUUUUCAUGUUAAAUAAAUAUUAUUUAUUGUAUGUUUA